CGAUCAGGAAGGUUUUCGUCUGCUAGGUCAACUUGAUAAUAAAGCCUACCUGACGUGGGCUUUUCUUCAGCGAUCAAGGUCUUUUUUUAAUGAAACCUGUUGCAUGUAUAAUCAGCUAUACUGUCUGUGUUGAAUAAGUGAAUAAAAGGAGAGGUGGAUUUAUGCGAUCCGUUAGCCGACACGUUACAAAACAAAUCUUGGAAAUGCCGAUGGGGCAUGCCAUAUUGGAUCAGAUUAUAAUACGAAGAGGAGGACAGCACCCGCCACGCCUUAGUUUGUUAUUGCUAUGAAUGAUUUUUGAUUUCUCGUCAAUUUGAUGACACCCCCUCUACCAGUUCCAGUUGGACUCUUCCUUCCUACCAUCGGUCAUCGUGCGAUACGUGUCCUUUGUGAACUGUUUUAACCUUUAAGAAAUGGAACAACAACGUUCUGCAAGUCCCUCGCCAACAAACGACAGACCACCAAGUGUGUUACGUGACUUGAUUGAGAUGGCCCGCAGCCGUGGAUUAUCGGAUAUUGAAUACAUUCAGGACGGAUUGAAACAUUGGCUGAAUAUCGGUCCAUCGACUUCUUAUCGCGUUCCGUACGGCUACAGCACCCAUUUGAUGCAACUCCACAUUGACAGUGAUUUAAACUUUUAUCUUGAAGCCUUGAACCGUCUAGUGCACACGGGCUGCAUCCGCUCCUCAACGACGGACCGGAUCGAUCCGAAUUUAGCCGCCCCGCUUUUAGAUUCGUUAAAUGGUGGCCUCACCGUCUGUCAGGGACGGGGUCAUGUUCCAGAUGAAUUGUUAGACCUGUCGCAUCGAAAACAAGCCAUUGAGCAGGGUCUGCUUAAUGGCAAUUUCAUUUCGUAUCCGGACAAUCGUUACCGAUCGCACGAUUGCAAAUUCGUGAUUGACGGCCAGACCGGAGCCACCCAAUGUCCUUCGUGUGCUCAACCGGACGAUCCGUGUCGACGUCAAUGGCCCGAUCCUUUCCGUAUUGCACCUCUAUCCGAAUUGGCGAUGAGACGCGAGCAACGAGAUGGGCGUCCGCUUUACACGCCGACAACGGGAGUGACAUCGCCAACAACAUCGACAAGCAACGACGUCUUCUCAAUGAAAGAGAGGACAAGAAAAGGGGAAUGAAUGAUCUUUGUUGCAAUUAGGGCCACGGAGUCAAUUCCGUCAAACGCAAAGCUCGCAGGAUUCUCGUUCGCAUCAACCGCAUAACCUUGUCGGCGUGUUCCGAACUGAUGACCCGACCUGAAUCGACAAACGGAACACGACUGCACACUUCAAACCAAACGAAAUUUCGAGUUGUUGCUAAUUUGAAUUGUGAAAAAUGUCCCGUCUGUUUUGGAUUCGAAAUCUCCCCCAGUAUAAGGAAUGUGUACAUUUCAAGUGUGUGCACAGAAUGUAAUCUAAAUGUUCUUUUCUUUUUGCGUUGUUCUAAAACUAAUAGAGUCGUAUAUAUACUGUACAACCAUUCAA